AGUAUAGAUAUAUCACCUGGUUAUCCCAGCUAUGCAGGCUAUCAAAUGUGUGGUUGUUGGUGACGGAGAUGUCGGAAAAACAUGCCUUUUGAUAAGUUAUACAAGCAAUGCUUUCCCUGGGGAGUAUAUCCCAACUGUUUUUGACCAUUAUUCGGCUAAUGUGAUGGUAGAAGGAAAACCCGUUAACUUGGGAUUAUGGGAUACAGCUGGACAAGAGGAAUAUGACAGGCUGAGGCCUCUCUCAUACCCACAAACUGAUGUUUUCUUGAUCUGUUUUUCGUUGGUGAAUCCAGCUUCAUAUGAAAAUGUUAAAGAAAAGUGGUUUCCAGAAGUGGAUCACCAUUGUCCUCAUACACCUAUUAUUCUAGUAGGAACCAAACUUGAUCUUCGUGAUGACAAGAAGACCAUUGAAAAGCUUAAAAAUGAAAACAAGUCCCCAAUCUCUUUCCAACAAGGGCUGACACUAUCCAAAAACAUUGGAUCUGUGAAAUAUGUAGAGUGCUCUGCUCUCACACAGAAAGGACUAAAAACGGUUUUUGAUGAAGCGAUCCGAGCUGUCUUUAUUCAAAUGCCGUUCAAACACAAAAAACAUAAGUGUGUUCUGCUGUGAAUUCCAAUGUUCUAUGCAUGACUUCUUGUC